AUGGGCAAACUACGGCUCUCCUUGGCCAAGAACGCCGGUGCCGGUAAGGGCACCGUCAGCAGCGUCGUGCUCGUCGAGCCGCGGCACGACGAGAUCGCAAAAGCGGCCAACAACAAGCUCAACCUCAGGCUCAAGAGCACCCGCAACGUUCGGCUAUUUCUCAAGCAGAGGGUGGGCGUGCACGCGGCUGGCACCGAGCUGCCGGUUGGCGACUGUACAGACUACCUCGCCAACGACGUUGUCGUGCUGGUGAGCGUCGGCGAGGCCGCGGCCAGCCGACCCGCCUCGAGCUUUUGCGGCCUCGACAGGGCGGCGCUCCCGCCGCUGCCACGCUGGCCCGCAAGCGACACUGGCGACGACGAGACAGACGAGGCGGUGGAGGCCACGCCAGCAUCCGCCGGACCGUCAUCAUCAGCAGUUUCUACAACAAGCUUCGCCGUGCCGAAUCUGCCGCGGCUACCCGUCUCUCAGGACCUGCGCUUCCACGGCCGGCACGUCGUGCUCGAGGGCGACGUCCUGCCGCUGAUCCGGCAGGCGGUCGCGGGCUGCAGCGGCUUCUCCGAGACCAACCACGGCCGCUACGUCGCCUUCGACUACAGCGCCGACCGCGGCGGCGGCGGCGUCGCCGGCAUGUUCCCGCCGCCCGAGCGCCACCACCGCGGCUCCCGCGAGCGCUGGUUCGCCGCGGCACGGCGCGAGUGCCGCGGGCUUCUGCUCUGCGCGGCAACGGGCGCCGUGUUGGCGCGGCGCUUCCACAAGUUCUGGAACAUCGACGAGGUGUCCGAGGCGGCGGCGGAGCACGUGGGCCCGCUGCGCCGCGGCCGCUGCUCGCUCCAUCUGAAGCUCGAUGGGUCGCUGGCGUCGCCGCUGCUGCUGCCCACGGUUGCCAGCGCCGCAGACGGCGGCACUGGCAGCGACGAGGCUGGCAACGACGCGCGUGGCGGCAGUGCUGGAGUAGAGGUGGCGAGGGCGGCGGCGGCGUUUGGCGUGCCGCUGGCGCCGCUGAUGUCGGUGGCGGACGCGCUCGGGUCGGACGGCACGCCGCCCGCGGCGGGCGCCGUGCUCCGCGUCGAGAGCGGCAAAAAGAGGGGCGGCAGCGCCGAGCUGUACAAGCUCAAGACCGACUGGUGGCUCAGUCUGAGCACCGCCUCCAAGCAGGCGGGUGGCGCAUCGUCGUCGUCGGCGGCGGCGGAGGGUGGCGGCGCGAGCUCUGGAGCGCCGAUGCUUUUGCGGCUGCUGAAGCUGCGGCCGUCGCUGCGGGCGGUGCCCGCCGAGGCGAUCUGGGCGGCGUGCCUCCACCCAAACUCGGACGACAUGCCCGAUGCGGUCGCGCCAACGAGACUCGCGCUGCAGGCCGAGGCGGAGGCGGCGGGCUGGGCGCACUCGCUGAGGGGCGCGGCAUCCCACGCAAAGCGCGUCGAGCGUCUGCAGCGGCUGCUGUGGCUGCGGUGGUCCGACGACUGGGCAGGCGAGGCGGCGCUUCCCCGCACCGCCACAACACGGGGCCUGAUGUCAUCAGACGAAGACUCGACGCUGGCGGUGGCGGUGCCGCCGUGCGAGCUGAUCCCGCUGGACGCGGCCGACGGCGUCAUCGAGGCGGCGCCGGAGGAGUACAUGCACAGCGAGGGGAAGCUGCUCGGCGAGUGGGAGGAGGUCGCACGGAGAUUCGGCACGAUCGACCUGCGCGUCGACCUGCAGCCGAGGCUCGCGCCGCCCGCCACGCACGACGACCACCACGGCGACAGCCGCCACGCGCUCUGGAUGGUGCAGUAUGGCAUCGUCCGCGGGUCCAAGAAGAGCUCGCCGGUGGGCGCGGGCGACGGCACGGCGGGCGCGUACGCGGCGGUGCUGAUGGCGACGGGCGUCGACUUCUCGGUGGCCGAGCUGUUCGAGGCGUUCGCGCUCAGCUUCGAGCUGCGCUGCUUUGGAUGGCGCAUCUUCUGCGAUCUCGACGGCGUCCUCGCCGACUUCGACGCCGGCGUGUCCGCGGCGGCCGCCGACGCGGGCAUGCGUGCCGCGGCGGCCGACCCAACGUGUCUCAGCACCGAGGGGCUGUGGAGGCUGGUGGGACGGCGCAAGGGCUUCUUCGAGAAGCUUCCGGUGGGCGCGCUGCCGGCGGGAGCAAAGGUGGCGUCGCUGGUGGUGCUGACGGGGCUGCCGGCAGGUAAGCUCGGCGCGCAGGCGCGCAAGCAGAAGGAGGCGUGGUGCCGGCGCGAGCUCGGCGCCGAGGUCGAAGUCAUCUGCUGCACGAGCCGCGAGAAGUGGAGGUUCAGCGACGGCGCCAACUCGGUCCUGAUCGACGACCGGCCCCACGACAAGCGCGCCGCGUGGGAGAGGACGGGCGGCGCCUUCGUGCACCACGAGGCCAUGGCGGCCACGCUUCGCGGCGCCGUCGAGGCGGCGACGCCCGCCGUCGGCAUCGACAUCGCUGUGCCGCGCGCGACCUCGGUCGCCGUCGACGUCGGCGGCGUGACGCAGGCGGAACGCGUCUUCCUCCUCCACCUUGGCGACGGCAGCGUUGGCCGCGUGGGUGAGACGCUGCGAUCGGCGCUGCUUGCUUUGCUCGGCAGCGAGGCGGUGGCCAAGCUCGGCUACGGCUUCGACGAGGACGUGGCGAGGCUGAGCGCGGCGCUGCGUUGCCGCCUCGUCGUCCGCAGUGUCGUCGACCUGCAGCAGAUCUACGCUACUUCCGCCAAGCUCGAGCUGCCGCCGCUGCACGCGGCGUGUUGGGCGGUGCUGGGCGCGAAGCUCGACAAGUCGAAGCUGCUGCAGUUCUCCGACUGGCGGAGCUGGCCGCUCUCGGGCGCGCAGGUGGGCUACGCGGCGGCGGAUGCCGACGUGCUGAUCGCGAUCGCGCGCGGCCUCUUCGGGCCGUCGCCGGCGUUGAUGAGGGCGUGGGCGUCGGCCGCCGCGUACGCCGGCGUCUUCCUCGAUGCCGCCAGCGUCGCGCUGCUGUCGUCGCGGAUGCCGCCCAAGCACGGCAGCAUCCCAGCCCAGCCGCACCUCACGCUCGCGCACAAGCCGAACGCGAGCACGACCCGCGCGCUGCGGCCGUGGGUGGGCACCACCGUCGAGCUGAUCCUGGGCGGCGAGGCGCACGACGCGCAGGGCCACGCGGUGCGCGUGGUGGGCGUGGCGCCGCCGCACGCCGAGCUGCUGUCGCUCUGCGAGAACGCGCACCCGCACGUGACCCUCUCGAGCGCCAUCGGCACGCCGCACGCCUACUCGAACGCACUGCUGGAGACGGCUGCGGCCAAGGCUUGUGCUUCUGACUCCACCGAUGGCGCCACCGCAACUGCUGCUGGAGUGGAUGGUGGCGCGGUGGUCGUGGUGCGUGGCACGGUGGGCUUCGUGCUGCAGGCGGCGGACAUCGGGCUGGGCGCGCUCCCCGCCAAGCUGCGUCAGCAGAUCGAGGACUUUGUCGACGACGCCCACCCGGGCUCCAAGCUGCGCCUCAAGCCCGAGCAGCUCGACGCGAGGGAGCGGCACCUGGUGCACGCGUACGCGGAGAGCUGCGGAGUGAUGAGCGAGAGCACGGGGAAGAAGGGCAAGGGCGCCGCCGACCAGCGCCGGCUGACGCUGACGAUACCGCUGCGCGGCAAGAAGAAGGUCGACGCGGGUGGUGGUGCCGACGGCGGUGGCGGCGCGGGAGGCACGAUUGCGCUGCGCGGGCUGAGCGGCAGCACGCCGGCGCUGCUUCCGCUGUGCCGCGCGCUGGAGGCGCUCGGCGAUGCUGCCGGAGCGGUGGCGCAGGAGGCAGGGGAGGCACCAACGGACGCCUCCAUUGGCACGCUUCCCAUCGGCCGCGACGGCCUGCUCGCAUUCGAGGAGACCAACCAGCUUGCCGAUCGCAAGGUCAUCAUCUUGGACGUGGAUGGCGUGCUGCAUCCCUUCUCGUCCACAUCGCCCUUCAGCGCGCCAUGCAUGGCGGCGCUGCGCAGCGUCGUCGAGCAGACGGGCGCGGCCCUCGUGCUCUCGUCGUCGUGGCAGGGCCUGCCGAGCACCGUCGCAAAGGUGAACGCUGCACUCGAGGCGCAUGGCUUGCCGCGCGUGAGUGCGCAGACGGUCUGCCCGAACGAGGCCGGGUACGCGAGCACUGGCGCAGACGCCAGGAGCCGUGCGAGCGAGAUUCUCCGCUGGGUGGAGGCCAAUGCGGACCGCUGCACCGGCGGCUGGGUUGCCAUCGACGACAUGCACCUGCAGAGGCUGCUGCCCGGCGGCAACUUCGUGCGUACCGAGGCCGAGGUUGGCCUGACGGAAGCCAACGCAUGCGCCGACGCCUUCUUCGCCGCCGGCGGCCACCUGACGCGCGAGCAGCGCCGGGAGUGCGGCGGCGACGCGAAGCUGCUGUACGCGCGCUCCUGGGACGCCUCGCUGCUGCAGCACGCGCACACGGCGUGCCGCGCAACCUUCGACGCCGCGCUGGGCCGCACUGCGCCUCUCGUGAUCGUCGACAACGUCAACGCGAAGCGGGAGCAGUACGCGUACUAUUCGCGCAGGGCGAGGCGCGCGGGCUACGCGGUGGUGGUGCUCGAGGUGGUGUGCCCCCCGGGGGAGGCGGCGCUGAGGGCCUUCCACGAGCGCAACGCGCACGGCGUGCCAAUGAAGGCGAUGCAGCUGAUACGCGCCAAGUGGGAGCACGACGACAGCGCAGCACGCAUUCUGCCGCACGGCGUGACCGCUACUGCGGAGUCGCUGCUGCGCUGGCUGAGCCGCAACCAGUGCGUGCACUACUCGCACUCCCGCGCCAAGACGCACCUGCUGAUGGCCGUCAACGGCGAGGCGGCGGCCUUCGUCAACAUUCCACCCGCGCUGCGCGGCGACUUCCAUGCAGUGUACGCGGCCGACGCGACGCCCAAGUACGUGUGCGAGCUGCACCAGAAGAAGUUCCGUCUGUACCUCGACAUCGACCUCGAGGUGCUGGGCAGGCAGGAGUUUGAGGACAUCGUCACGGACGCCGACGCGCCGUGCAGCACGGGCGACGCGCUGGCGGUGCGCCAGGCGCUCGUCGACAUGCUCUCCGGCGGCUGGUCCUCUGGCUCCGGCUCCGGCUCUGGCUCCCGUGCCGGCUCCGGCUCCCGUGCCGGCUCCGGUGCGGCGCCGCCGGCGCUGCGCGCGUGGCGGCCGCUUGGGAGCGUCGACUGGGAAACCGCGCUCGACAGGCAGGUCUACGGCGCGGGCUGCGGGCUGCGGAUGCUCGGAUCGCUCAAGGCGAAGAAGGGCGUGCGCGUCGGCGAGGGACGCCCGUACGCGCUCGUCGGCGGCGUCGGGCGCGGUGGCGAGGAGGUGGGUCUGGGAGAGGCCGCGCGCGACUCGGCGGCGCUGCUCGAGCUGUACACCGAGGAUUACAUAUCCACAAUUGGUGUCGACUUUAAAAUGCGGACGAUCGAGCUGGACGGCAAAGUCAUCAAGCUGCAGAUUUGGGACACGGCGGGGGUCGAGCGGUUCCGCCAUAUCAGCAGCACCUACUACCGCGGCACGCACGGCAUCAUCGUCGUGUACGACAUCACCAACCUUGACUCGUUCAACAACGUCAAGUGCUGGCUGACGGAGAUCGACAAGUACGCACGCGAGAACGUGCAGAGGAUGCUGGUCGGCAACAAGCUCGACCUCGUUGAGGAGAGCCCGCACUUGCGGCAGAUGGCAGAAGAUAAGCUGGCGAGCGCUGCCUCCGCGCCCGCACCAGCGCCCGCGCAUGAUGCUGCGGCCGUCUCCAGCAAGGCCGCGUCCGAGGCCAAGCUCGACGCGGCGCUGGCCGCCGCCGACGCUGGCCGCCGCCGAUCGAGCUGGCGCUGCACGAGGCCAACCAGGCCGGCGUCGACAGCGGCAAGCUGA